CAAAUGAGUUACUCACCAAUAGCUCGUCCCCAUCGAUCUUUCGUUUUGCGAUCGCUUUGCAACAUUCUUCCAGACCGUUCUGCAAAAGAAGAGGAUACCGGUUCGAUAAAACAGGAUGCGCAAGAGUGAUAACGCACGGGAUUUCGAUGCGGAGUUCAUUGUACCAGUGUUUGCUGUUGACAGUACGAGGCAUUACCGGAGUUUACUCACCUUUCGGAGCAGGUCGCAAGAUCUUUCGGUCGUUCAUUUUUAUGCACCAUGGGCCAGUCAGUGUACGCAGAUAAACGAUGUGAUCGAAGAAAUGAGCAAAUUGGACGAAUAUAAAGGAGUUAAAUUUGCUAAGAUCGAAGCUGAAAAAGUACCUGAUGUUUCUUUAAAAACAGGCAUCACUGCAGUACCAACGGUUGUGUUAGCAAGAAAUGAUUCUGUAAUUGAUAGAGUUAAUGGAGCCAAUCCUUCUGCUAUAGCAGCAAAAGUUAAAUAUUAUUUAGUUAAUAAAGAGUCUGUUCCAAUUGAAGUAUGUAAGCCAAAAGAAAAUCUUGAAGAUAGACUUAAGAAAUUAAUAAAUCAAUCACCCUGUAUGCUGUUUAUGAAAGGAAAUCCUGCGAAUCCACGUUGUGGAUUUUCUAGAACAAUAGUCUCCAUUUUAGAUUCUUGUAAAGCAGAUUAUCAGUCAUUUGAUAUUUUACAAGACAAUGAUGUUAGAGAAGGACUUAAAAAAUUUAGUAAUUGGCCAACAUAUCCUCAAUUAUAUGUAAAUGGAGAACUCAUUGGAGGUUUGGAUAUUGUAAAGGAAAUGAGUGAAUCUGGAGAAUUGGAAAGCAUGUUGCCUAAGAAAAGUUAAUGUAAAACAAAAGUAAGUUUCUAAUUACUUAGUCAGAAGACAGAAGACUAUUUUAUUAUUAUUAUUAUUAUUCUUAAAUUAUUUUGUAUCAAUUACAAGGAUUUCAAUAUUUUCUUUGUUAAAAUAUGUAAUAAAUUAAACCACUAGGGUAAAAAAUAUGCUUUUUUAUAAACCUUAUCUUUCAGUAAAAUGAUUAUACAAAAUAAUAAUAAUACAGAUAUUCUGUACUUUAUAACAAAUCCUAUUUACUUAAAUAUAGAGCUCUAAUAAUAUAUUAGUGUAUUAAUUGUUAAACAUGUGUUCACACUCAAAUUGAUUAUUUUAUAUAUUUACAUGUAUUUAUUUGUAAUGAAAAGAGGUGACAACAAUCAUAAAUUGCAUGAUAAUUAUUUCAUAAUUCCUAAAUAUUAAUAUCUAACAGACAGUUCCUAAUUUUGUUUUUUAUUUUUCGCUUUCGUUUGUGCACCUUUUUUUUCACCUUUAAUAAUGUUAUUAAAUUUAUUUGCAUUCUUUUUCUUCUUCCUGAAAACAAUAUAUCAACAGGUUAUUAUACUAAACAUAAUUCGAACAAAAAUUGUAGACACUAUUACCUUUUAUUUAGAACUGAUCUUGAUAAAGGUACAUAUGCAUAUGGAUCUGGUUUACCCUUCUUCUUAACAUCUCCUCCAGCUUUUGGAGCUCUAUAUUCUAUUCCGGGUGAUUGUUCAAACUUUCCUCUUUUCAAUGGUCGAUGAAUUCCUGAUCCUCCAGCUGUAAAUAACAAGAUUAAGUGAAUAGAAUAAAAGGAAACAGGUCACACUGAGAUAUAUUACCUUUAUAUUUUGAUGUGGCUGAACUUUUUAAACUAAUAUUAUCAGAAUUCUCACUGGAUUUAUGUUUCCUAUCGUCUGGAUGUAACGUAGUUAUACAUUGAAUAUCAUCAUCCACAUCCACUGCAAACAUGUACUCGUUAAAAUUAUUUCAAUUAAUCAUAUUUUCUUAUACAUACGUAUAUAUUAUAUUUUUUUACCAUAAUCUUCUUCCGAAUCACUAUGCAAGAAUGAAGCUUUCCUUUUCUUUCUAACUUGUGCUUCAUCGUCUUUUUCAUUAUCUAUUGUAAUGAUAAGACGACCAUCUGGUGCCGUCUUGAAUCCACGAUCCUUUGAUCUUGUAACGGAUGUAUUUGGAUUUAAGGCUCUAGGUUGUGUCGCUAAAAAAUUAUUUUAUAAAAUUAAUUAUUCUUAAAUUUGGAUAAUUAAAUUUGGAAACUAUAUACUUACUUGAUAUAUUACGAGCAGCGGCUGGAUCAAUGAGAUCAACAAUUUCCUCAUUUUCUUGAAUCCAAGCUUCUUUUCGUGAUGUCCUUUUCUUAUUUUUCCUUGGUUCUUCAUUUUCUGUACCUUCGAAUUCGUCCUCGCUAUCUGCUAAUAUUUCCUCGAUACUAAAUUUUAAUAAAAAUAACAAUUAUUUUAUGAUUUUAUUAACAAUCUUAUUUAUAAACAAAUUUAAAGUUACCUCUUGGGCCUUCUCUUAGCGUUGAAUUCGUCAUCUUCCUUUUCGUCUUCCUGCAAUUUUUUCGCUUGUUUGUUCUUCUUCUUCGCUUCUUCUAUUUUGUUUAUAUUUUUCAGUCUCUUUUGUAACAUUGUAUUAGAUAUCAUACUAGAGAGUGUUUCUAUUCCAUAUUUUCUUAACAAUUUGACUAAGAUUAUGCGAACUGUUUGUCUAAAAUGUCUAUGACAGUCAUCGUUCAUUCCACAUAAAGCCUCCAUCUGUAAUUUGAUUUAUUGAUUCAAUAAAAGAUUUAUUAACGACACAGUUAUUGAAUAACUGUUCUACUUACUAAUCUAGGUAAAGAUGAAGCAACAACAGGAGAUGGCAUCACAGUAAUAUAAACUUUAAUGUAGGAUAAUGCGGCUUCCGCUACUUCUCUCGUAGGACUUGCUAUAAGUCUGCAUGCAUGUUCCAAAAUUUCUUUAAUUGUAUCCAUACCAAGUGAACCUAUUUAAAUAUUCGUUAAAAUAUUUAUCACAUAUUCAAUUUCAAUUAUUUCGAUGUUGAAAACAAUACUUACCAUUGAAAUGAUAAGUAACAGAUGCAAGUGCUAACAUGGAUGCAGCACAAUAUUUAAAUACACCCCCUAAACCAACUAUUAACAUAUUGAUAUAAUUUCUAAGAUGGUUCUGAUUUUUUAAGAAUUUUUCAGUGAUAGUAUUCAACAGCUGGUAAGCAGAUGUGCGACACUUUGUAUUUAUAUCUUUUAAAUACACUACUGCUUCAGGAACAACAGCUUCCAAGAAUUUACUCCCCUCGAGUUGUGGAUGAAUUUUAACUAAAUGUGUUAAACACCUUAAUCGAGCUCCUCUACUUGGUUUUCCAACUUGAGUUACAGAAGAUAUUAAUAGAUUCUGUAUUUCACGUCUAUGCUGUAGUACAAACGUUUUACAUGUCUCCUUUUCACUAUCACAUAUUUCUUCCAAAAAUCUGUAUGCUUUCUUUUGCUCUUUUGUGUUAUUACUCUCUUUAAUAUUUUGUGUACAAAUAUCAUAUAGCGUUUUUAAUCUGUCAGUGUCUGUAUAUUCAACUAAUAAUCUUAUUAUAUCGUGUACACUUUCUUUGAAAAAGUUAUCGGCAUUAGGUUCAUCUAACCUAGAUAAUGCACGAUCAAAUAAUUCAUGUAUCAGUUCAUUGUUUGUAAUGGUAAGAUACACCUUUAUUGUAUCGAAUGCAGCAAGACGUUGUCCUUCUUCGUCAGUUCCGUUUGGUCUAUUAGUAUAUAAAUUCAAAAACAGUGGUAAAUAGUUCUUUGCAUAUUUAGACAAUUCAGCUAUAUCUUCUUGUUUAUUAUCUCCAACUGCUUUCGUUAUUAAUUUUCGUAAAGCAGACAUUAUCGAUAACCUUAAACCUUUUUGUUCACUAAACGUCUUACCGAAUAGCUUAGCAAUAUACUAAAAUAGAUUUAUUUUGUAAAUAUUAAAGUACAUACUUUGUAUAUAUCUAUUAUACAUACCUUAAAAUUAUCUUUUACAUCAACAGCAUUGUGGCAUAUACUUGGUAAAACAGCCCAUAUUUGUGAAAUAAUAAGUUCAUAAGUCUUUCCACCUAUAGGUUCAGCCGCUUUUUUCCUGAAAUUAAUAAUUCAAAACUAAAAUAUUUGUCUGUAAUUAAUAUAGCUAAAAAUACUUACUGGCAUACAUCACUUAAAGGUAAUAAUGUUUCUAUAAAGAAAUUAAGUGAUCCUGUUGUUAUACAGUCCUUUAAUAAUGGUAAUAACCAAGUUCGUUUUAGAUUAAUUGCAUCAUUCUUUUCCUGCAAAAUAAAAAUUAUCGUAUUGUUAUUGUCAAUGUAGAAUUAUAAUUUUUAGCUGUUUCUAAUUAUGCAAAAUAACUUACAUUCAUUGGAAUUGUAUUUAAUACCGUUUGUGCACCCAUAGAUUUUAUUGCAGCGCCAAUAGCGUAUUCUGCAUCAUUUUUUGAAGAGAAAUUGUAAGAAUCACGUAAAUUUGCUAACGAUUUUAAUAAAUCUAUAAAUUUUAAACUUCCAGAUUUUCCGGCUAUCUG